UAUAGUGACAAAAAUAGUGAAUUUCUGUGUGUGCUUAUAUGUGCGAAAGUGUCUUAUGUUUGACAUUUGGAAACACACAUUCCUACUCCCACCACCUCCUUGAUAGUUGGGAGGGAGAAUUGAAAAGAGAAAAAAAAAAUGGUGAUGAUGAUCUGGUUUUCGUUUGUGAAGAUCCGAAAGAAUGUGAACAAAUCCAAUCCUUGAAAAAAAAUCCAAUUGAAAGAAUGGUCCAUGGUGGUGAUCAAAGACUCUCCCACUCAUGAUGAUUGCUCCAUCUUCCCACCAAUCAACCAUGAAAUCUCCCCAUUUCUGAACAACAUCAACAACACCCAUUAUCACCUUUAUCUUCAUCUUCGUCAUCAUCAGUUCAUCACCACCACCAUUUCCAUUUUCACCAUCUUCAUCAUUCUCAUCCCCACUGUUCGAUUCCAACCCACAGCUAGCUCCGCUGUCUGAUUCCCAGGUGAAAAGACCCAGUGAGGUGACGAGGUGGAUUGGGGCUAGGCUUGAGGUCUUACGUUGUAAGGUUUUUGUGUUGGUUUCCUCUUUCUGAAAUUAUGAUGCCACCAAAGGGGCAUUUUGGUCAUUUAAUCCUUGUCGCGAUGGCGGCGGCCAUGGUGUUUUGGAUGUUAUUCGUGCAAGCUCGGUGGCGACGGCGACGAAUGGAGAGUAAGGGUUGUUUGAUGCAGGCCAUAAAGGAGAAAGAUGUGGUUGACAUUCCAGUGCCCACGAGGUUCGGAGCUUUUUAUCAUGGUUUGCUUGUUUAUGUGGAAUCGCAGAAACAAGUGCAGAGUCAAAGAGGCAGUGGCUCCACUGGGCAAACUUUCGGAUUUGGCAAAACGGCACCUUCAGGAGUUUCAAGACCAGCAUGGUAAAUCUGUCAACAAACAGCCCCCGAAGCAAUCUGUCUGGAGGCCACCUGACCCAAGUACUCUGAAAACAAAUUUUGUUGGUGCCAUUUUUGAAGAAUUGGGAGCAGCAGAUAUCAAAGUCGUGGUUCGCAAUUCCUCUGGAGAAAUUAUGGCGGCCCUAUCCGAAAUUAUCCCCCUGCCAUCAUCCAUAGUUGUAUUGGAAACUAUUGCAGCUAGAAGGGCGGUCAAAUUUCUUCAAGAACUUGAUUUGCACAGCUCAAUUUUUGAAUGAGACUCAUAAAUAUCGAUUUUGGCGAUAAAAAAUCAGUGCUUCCAUCACCCAUCUGUUGGACAUUUGAUUAGGGACAUCUUGUAUUCAGCUAGUUCUCUACAGAACUAUUCUUUCUCUCAUAUAUGUCGGCAAGGCAAUGCUUUGGCACAUGCUCUAGCCAAGAGAGCAAGAUUUUCUUUUCCUGUUUUAGUUUGGUUGGAAUCUAUUCCUCAUAAUAUUAACAAGUAUUAUGUAUCUGAUUUUUUAGCAA